AUGAAGCACCCGAUGGUUACAGCAGUGCUGGUAGUGCUGGUGCAGGUUUCUCAGAGUUUCCCUGCCUUGUACCACCGAGGUUGGUGGAGGCUGUUAAGGGAAGGAGAUAGCUGUGGAAAAUGCGAUUUGGCACUUUGCUCUGAGCCUAAAGACUGUCCAGCCGGAACUGUAUUGGACCGUUGUGGCUGCUGUUCUGAAUGUGGAAAUGUGGAAGGUCAGAUCUGCGACUUGGACCAGGGCAAUCAUUUUUAUGGGCAGUGUGGGGACAACCUUGAGUGCAGGUUGGAUACUGAUGAAGCAAGAUUUGGGGAAGUCCCUGAACCCCAGUGUGUGUGCAAGUCUCAGGAGAGCAUCUGCGGACCUGAAGGGAAAACCUACGAGAACAUCUGUCAAUUCAACAAGGCUUAUGCUACAAAAAGAAAUAUCAGCAUGAAACACAAAGGACCAUGUGAAUCAGCUCCUGUUAUUUCUAUGCCACCUCAGGAUGUGCAGAAUUUCACAGGCAAUGAUGUCAUUUUUGGCUGUGAGGUGUCAGCCUAUCCUAUGCCACACCUUGAAUGGAAAAAAAAGGGGAAUAAAAUGUUUUUGCCAGGAGAUGAUGCCCAUAUCUCAGUACAGGCACGAGGUGGGCCUCAGAAGUACAGUGUGACAGGCUGGCUGCAGAUUCAAGGACUCAAAAAAUCAGAUGAAGGCGUUUACAUCUGCCACACCAAAAACAAGUAUGGUGCAACAUAUGCCUCCGCAAGAUUGAAAGUCAUUGAAGGCUCAUCUGCAUUUGCAUUUACUGCUGGCAGUAGAAGCGCAAGCUACAGUGUUGAAUAUGGGGACUAUUAUGACUAUUCUGAUGAUGAAGAUGAGGAAGAAUAUGAAUCUGGGGACUAUGAAAAUUGA